AACCAGUUUUGAACAUUUUGUUUUCAUAAAUGUUUUCUUUUGAUCCCGUUGGUUUUCGUUUGGUUUUCGUCCUAGCGUUUCCGAUUUUCCUCUUCCCGAAUUUCAAUUUGUGAAUUGUGAAAGCUCUUUGACUUGGUGGGUUUAUCUCAUGCUUGAUCUUUAAGAAUCUUGGAUGGGUUAUUAUUAAGUCCUUAGAUAAGGUGGCCUGUUAUUAAUUUGCCUUCCCAUGUGACCAGAAAUAAAAUGAUGUUAGAUCAUGCUGGUUCAGAUCAGUCAUGGGCUAUUAUUUUUGCUAUAAUGAUUCAUGUUCAGUCAGGCACGUAGAUAGGUAGGAUAAAUCUCUAGCUGUACAGCUGAGUACUUGUAAAGCUAUCAGCUGCCAGUUGAAAAUGGCAGCACGUGCUUUCCGCUGGCGAAGGCCUUACACAGUAAUCCUCUCAGCUGUUGGCCUACUGAUGUUAUGUGAUCUGUUUGGGGUGUUCAGACAUAUGUUUGAACUUGAUUAUGAUACCCAUUUCACAUACCCACUAGAUAGUGAGGUUAAUUUCUAUGUAAAUUUGAUGCUAAGUGGCCAGCAGUCACCAGUCACUCCCCUGGAGUCACACCAGUUUCGAUACCUGAUCGAUCCACGGGAGCGAUGCAGUGGGCAGAGACCCCUGCGGCUGUUGAUCGCCAUAAAGUCUGCACCGGACCACGUGGAGCGGCGGCGCGUUAUUCGACAAACGUGGGCUGAGCUACGCACCGACGUGCGUCACGUAUUCCUGCUUGGCACGCGCGCUGGCAAUUACGAAUUGCAACGGACCGUGCGCCGUGAAGUGGAAGAAUACAAUGACAUCGUGCAGGCCUACUUCCAAGACUCUUACUACAAUAACACUCUGAAGACGAUGAGUGGGUUCCGCUGGGCGAUAGAGCGGUGCGCCGAUGCCGAGCACACGCUGUUCGUCGAUGACGACAUGUACGUGUCGGUGCCGAACGUUCUGCGGCUGGCGGCGCAGCGGGCCGAGUACCCGGCGCCGGAGGGCAGUACGGCCGCCGCCGCCGCCGUGCCGCAGCCGGACUCACCGCUGCUGGUCGGCUACGUGUUCCCGGCGUCCUCGCCUCACCGCCAUCGGUUCAGCAAGUGGUUUGUGCCUCUGCAGGAGUAUCCCUUCAGUCGGUGGCCGCCCUACUGUACGGCCGGCGCCUACGUGGUGUCUCGCUCGGCCCUGCGAAGGCUUCUCUACACGAGCUACUACACGAAAAUGUUCAGGUUUGAUGACAUCUACCUGGGCCUGGUGGCGCAGAAGGCCGGAGUAAAGCCACUGCACACCGACUACAUCCACUUCUGGGAGCAGACCUACAGCCCGGACGAAUUUCGGCACGUGGUGGCCGCUCACGGCUUCCACGAUCCGAGUCGGCUGCUGGCCGUCUGGAGCGAGCAGCAUAAGCUCGGCAACGCCUGACAACUUCACUGGUGAUGUACCGCCUCUUCCUGUCUAUUUGAAUCGUGUGAUACUACACCGUGGACAGACGACCAAGCGAGACUUAUGAAGGGUCGUGUUUUAUAGUUUGCUAGACUACACGAUAGUCGAUACGAGACUUGAAGCGGCGGGUACCGGCUCAGUGGUGUGAAGACGCUUAUCGGAGGAUGGUCUUAAAUGUAUACGUACCUUGUAAACGAUCGACAGUGCGGGGUAGUCCACUCGAUGAUAAUAAUGGGUCUUAACUAUUGGAGUAAAGCGUUGCGAGGUAACGUGAUCUCCAUGAAUUCCACUGAAGUGAGGAAGUGUGCCGAUGCUGACCAGUUACCCGUUGAUAUGGUGGUGUCGACGAUACGUGUGCCUAGCAAGAAUGCCGCUCGGCUCAUACAAGUUCUAACGUGAGAUUGGUAUAAUCAUCUGCUUACGUGCUAUGAGCGAGUGUUUGCAUUAUCGUUUGAAAGUUGUUAUGGCAUAAAUGCUAGUCAUAGACCUACUAUUCAGGGUGUGAGGAAACCUUGAAAUCGCAGUGUGACAUGAUGCUAGGUCUUCCGUCGUCCCCAAAGAUGUGUUGUUACCCGAGUUGCAGUUGACCUCUGCGUUCGAAGAUCUCAAAUACCUACUGCAUUGCCGCGUUUCCGUAUUGUCUUAGAGGCUCGAUUGGUGACAGAAUCAAGUUCAGACUGUGAUUGGGGUGUUUUCAAGCGUGUAUAAACUGAACUGUGCUAGCUUUAUCAUCCGAACUAUAAUUAUUGCGUUUCUGUUUUUGCAUUGUUAGUUCCGUGUGAACAAUUCAUAUUUGACAGGGGAAAAUAAAGUUAAUGAAAGC